AAAAUUUUUUUUUCUAUAUAUUUUAUAUUUUAUUUUUGUUAGAAAAGUCUUUUUUAUUUUAUUUUAUUUUAAAUUAUAAUAUAUAAAAAUGUCAAGUUUAACAACUAGAAAAGAAUUACUUGGUGAUCCAGAUUUUAUUCGUCUUCAAUCAAUUGAAGUCCCAAAUGCUCCAGUUAUUGCUGGUGAAACUAGACCAAGAAGAAACACCAAGUUCCCAGAAUUAAUUGACUCACCAGAUGGUGGUAAAACCAAAACUUUAUAUGAUGUUUAUCAAGUCAACAAAGAUAGUGAUAGAAACUUUUUAGGUAUUCGUGAAUUAUUAGCUGAUGGAAAAAGAGGUGAUUACAAAUGGAUUACUUAUAAACAAGGUGUUAUUAGAGCUAACCAUAUCAGUUCAGCUUUAGUUUAUUGUGGUGCCAAAAAGGGUGAUCGUAUUGGUAUCUUUUCAAUUAAUAGACCUGAAUGGGUUUUAUCAGAUAUGGCUGCAAUGAAUCAAUCAUUGGUCCCAGUUGCAUUAUAUGCUACAUUAGGUCCAAAUGCCAUUGAGUACGUUGUAAAUCAUUCAGAACUCUCAAUUAUUUUAUGUGAAGGUAAAAAUGUUGAAAAACUUUAUGCUAUGGGUGCUUCAACAUCAAUUCGUGUUAUUGUUUCAUUCGAUCCAUUACCAGAAACUACUUUAGAGAAAUUCAAAGAUGGUAACAUUAAAGUUUACCUUUUAUCAGAAUUUGAAAAGAUUGGUCAAGAAAAUCCAGCCGAACACGUUCUUCCAUCACCAGAAGAUCUUUGUACUUUACUUUACACUUCAGGUUCAACUGGUAAUCCAAAGGGUGUUAUGUUAUCACACACCAAUAUGGUUAGUGAAGUUGCUGCUGCUGAUAAUUCACCAGCUGGUGUCACCCCAGAUGAUGUCCAUAUGUCAUAUCUCCCAUUAGCUCAUUCAUUUGAACGUGCUGUUGUUUCAUUAAUGUGUUUUGUUGGUGGCCAAAUUGGUUUCUUCUCAGGUUUAAUUCCAGAACUCUUUAACGAUAUUCAAGUUUUACGUCCAACUUUCCUUUGUGGUGCUCCACGUGUUUGGCAACGUCUUCACGAUAAAUUAUGGUUCACUGUUAACAAUGAUUCAUGGUUAAAGAAAUUCCUCUUCAACUGGGGUCUUAACUCUAAACAAGCUGCCAUGAAAAGUGGUUCAGGUACACCAAUUUGGGAUAAACUCGUUUUCCAAAAGACCAAAGAUAGAUUAGGUGGUCGUGUUAAAUUUAUUCUCUCUGGUUCAGCUCCAUUAGAUCCAAAAUUAGCCGAAUUCCUUCGUGCCUGUUUCUGUUGUCCAGUCGUUCAAGGUUACGGUUUAACUGAAAAUGUUGGUGGUGCCAAUGUUGCUUAUCCAGAAGAUCCAAACCUUAACCAUGUCGGUCCACCACUUUCAUCAGUCGAAAUUAAAUUAGUAGAUGUACCAGAAAUGAAUUAUUUCUCAACUGAUAAACCAUGCCCAAGAGGUGAAGUUUGCUUACGUGGUUACAACGUUUUCAUGGGUUACUAUAAAGAUGAACAAAAAACUGCCGAAGAUCUCAAAUCUGAUGGUUGGUUCCACACUGGUGAUGUUGGUCGUUGGAAUGAAAACGGUACUCUCAGUAUCAUUGAUCGUAAGAAGAACAUUUUCAAACUUUCACAAGGUGAAUACGUUGCUGCUGAAUAUUUAGAAUCUGUUUACGUUCGUUCACCAUUUGCUUCACAAGUUUUCGUUUAUGGUGAUUCAUUAAAUAGUUUCUUAGUUGGUGUUGUUGUUCCAGAUUUUGAAGUCGUUCAAAAACUUUUCGCCUCUAAAUAUCCAAAUCUUGACGUUAACAAUUUAGAAACCCUCGUUAAAACUAAAGAACUUUACAAAGAAAUUAUGUCAUCAUUCGAUUCAUGUGCUGCUGAAGCUAAACUCCACGGUUUCGAAAAACUUAAACAUAUUCACAUUGAACAUGUUGCCUUCUCUGAAGAAAAUGAUUUAUUAACUCCAUCAUUCAAACCAAAAAGACCACAACUCAAAAUCAGAUAUCAAGAAAUUAUCGACAAUCUUUAUACAGAAUAUAAACGUGAUCAUCCAGAUGUUUAAAUUAUUUAGAUUAUUUCAACUUUAUAAUUUAUAAUAAAUGUAUAUUUACUUUUUUUUUACUAUUUUUAAAAAAAAUCAAAACACAACAAAAAAAAAAAAUUAGCUUUAAAUAAAU